CCUCUCGGCUCCCGUAGUGCCCGUAUAUAGCAGAGGCUUCUCUCGAUAUGGCCUUCCUAUGAACUCCUUCCACGCAAUGCUAGCCACCGUCGCCGCCGCUGCUCUCCUUUUGCUCCUGCUCCUGCUCUUCAUGGUGCGGUUCUUCCCACGGAAGGAGACUCACGCCCCACGGAAGAGCACCGUCAAACUCCUCGCGGUGGCUGGAUCCGGAGGACACACUACAGAAAUCUUGAGGUUACUCGGUAGCCUCUCCCAGGCUUAUUGUCCAAGACAUUAUAUUUUGGCUGAUACAGAUAAAAUGAGUGAAGACAAAAUCUGUUCUUUUGAGCAAAAAAGGGCAGAAAUGUUCUCAGAUUCUUUGUUCACCCUCCAUCGCAUUCCUAGAAGUCGGGAAGUUCGUCAGUCGUGGAGCUCUUCAGUACUAACAACUAUGCAUUCCAUGUUUUAUGCACUUCCUUUGGCCUUCAGACUCAAGCCAGAUUUGGUGCUGUGCAAUGGUCCAGGAACCUGUGUCCCUAUAUGUGUAUCUGCCCUUCUACUCAAGAUGCUGGGACUGAAGAAAGUAACGAUUGUCUAUGUCGAGAGCAUCUGUCGGGUGGAAAAUCUGUCCCUCUCUGGAAAGAUUCUUUAUCACUUUUCAGAUUACUUCUUUGUGCAGUGGCCUACACUGAAAGAAAAAUACCCUAAGGCACUCUAUCUUGGGCGGAUAGUGUGAGGGAAAAGGACAAAGUCAACUGACAGCAGUACCACAUUUAAAUGUUUUAGAUCUUUGACAUUUCUUUCUGACACUUUUUGGUUCAUACUUUGGUACAGAAACCAAGCAAAACAUGUCAGUAGAUUCCUACACAAAGUGUAUUAUACCACCUGAAGAUUAUAUAGCUGGUAAUGUAGGAAUUGGAGUUCUGCAGCCAGUUUCCAUCAGGCUCUUGCCCGACUUCUGCUGUGUCACUUCGGCUUCCUAAAGUAUCUUUUUUUUUUACUUUUCCCUCAAUAGAAGCUGGACACAGACUAAAGAAAGUGGAAUAUGACAGGGGAAGAAGAGCCCUGCUGAGUAUGUUAUGGCACAGUGAAAAGGCUUUUAAUCAGUAUAGUGAGCCCGCCAUAUCCACAGAUUCAACCUUCCAUAGAUUCAACUUUCCACAGCUUGAAAAUUUAUAUAGAUUGUAUUCAAAAAAGCCAACCUUUUUACUA